AUGGCGACGUUCUUUACCAUCACUCUUUUCGUGGCACUGCGUUGCCUUUUGUUCUUAACAGGGCCGACACGUCUUGUCGAAGCUCUGCCAGCGGCAGAUGUUUCAAACAGUACAGCCAAAGCCUCCACGAAUGCUACCACUCAUUCCCUUCUUGCUCAAGCAGCUUCCAGCUCGAACUAUUGGGUUGCCAAUAUCCAACGCCAGGGAACUGUCGCUUAUUCUGGCGGUUCUUCCUAUCCAAUUUAUCGUAAUGUGAUGGACUAUGGAGCGAAAGGAGACGGAUCCACUGAUGACACCAACGCCAUCAACCUCGCCAUCAGUACUGGGAAUCGCUGCGGCCACGGCUGCGAUUCUUCUACUGUCACGCCUGCCAUAGUGUAUUUCCCGCCCGGAACAUAUAUUGUCAGCUCUCCUAUCAUCCAGUACUAUUAUACGCAGUUCAUCGGAGAUGCUCUCAACAUUCCAACCAUAAAGGCAGCAGCCACCUUUUCUGGCAUUGCUGUGAUUGACGCUGACCCAUACGACAACACCGGAAAUAAUUGGUACACGAAUCAGAACAAUUUCUUCCGUCAAAUUCGCAACUUCGUUAUCGAUCUGACCCAGAUGCCACCCUCUAGCGGAGCUGGUAUCCAUUGGCAGAUUGCUCAGGCUACUAGCUUGCAAAAUAUUAGAUUUGAGAUGGUUCGCGGCGGCAGCAACAAUAAGCAGCAGGGUAUUUUCAUGGACAAUGGUUCUGGAGGUUUCAUGACAGACCUCGUCUUCAAUGGCGGAAAUUACGGUGCCUUUUUCGGAAACCAGCAAUUCACCACCCGCAACCUAACCUUCAAUGGUUGCAAUACCGCCAUCUAUCUUAACUGGGACUGGGUGUGGACCAUGAAGUCACUCUCAAUCAAUAAUUGUGGUAUUGGUAUCGACAUGACUAGCGGCGGUGCUUCGAAUCCUGGUGUUGGUUCCCUUAUUGUGCAGGACAGUACAUUCACCAACACUCCAAUUGGCAUUAAGACCGUGUGGGGACCUUCAACCACACCCACUUCUGCUGGAACGCUGGUCAUUGAUAAUGUCGACUUUGUCGGUUCUGGAAGUGCCGUUAGCGAUGGUUCGGGCAAUACGAUUCUUGCCGGCGGUACUCUUAUUGCUGAAUGGAUUCAGGGCAGGAAAUAUGUCGGAAAUGGCAGCGGUAGCAGAAUUCAGUCAACUGUAUCUGCCCCAUCCAAGCCCGGUGUGCUGCUCGACGGCCAAGGGAGAUUCUUUGAGCGCUCGAAGCCUCAGUACGAGGAAUAUUCCGCGGAUAGCUUCGUCAGCGUUAAAUCUAAGGGUGCAAAGGGAGAUGGCACAACGGACGACACAGCUGCCAUUCAAGCCGUUUUUGACAGUCUCACAAGCUGCGAUAUUGUCUACUUUGACCACGGUGCUUAUGUCAUUUCUAACACUGUCUUUAUUCCCGCAAACGUCAAGAUUACUGGAGAGAUCUGGCCGCUUAUUAUGGCUCAAGGAUCUGCCUUCCAGGAUCAGAACAACCCGAAGCCGGUAUUCCAGGUCGGCAACCCCGGUGACGUUGGCAGUGUCGAAAUUAGCGAUUUGAUUUUUGAGACUGUUGGCCCUCAACCUGGUGCAAUUCUCAUGGAAUGGAACGUAGCACAAUCUUCCCCUGGCUCCGUAGGAUUGUGGGAUGUCCAUUUUCGAAUUGGUGGAUCUGCUGGAACGGACCUAGAGUCAAACACAUGCACAAAGGACCCCAGCGUUAUCCAACCAGCCAAUCCGUCCUGCAUGGCUGCGUUCCUAGCUCUCUACGUUUCUCCAAGCGGAACCAUCUAUCUUGAAAAUAACUGGUUUUGGACCGCGGACCAUGAGCUCGACCUUGGCGACCACAGUCAAAUCAACGUAUUCAAUGGCCGUGGUGUCUUGAUUGAGUCAUCCAAUGGGCCUGUUUGGGCAUACGGUACCUCAUCUGAACAUCACCAGCUCUAUUGCUACGAGGUCGCCAAUGCCAAGAAUAUCUAUCUAGGCGCCAUUCAGACCGAGACCCCGUAUUAUCAAUCAAAUCCUAACGCUCUGACUCCCUUCACUCCUCAAACCAGCUGGCAGGACCCAACCUUUAGUGACUGUACCGAUGAUUCAUGCCGAAAGUCAUGGUCUCUUCGUAUCACCGACUCAUCAGACGUCUUUGUCUAUGGUGCUGGGUUGUACAGUUUCUUCGAGAACUACGAUCAGACGUGCUUGCAACCCGAAACUUGCCAGACUAAUAUCGUCUCGAUUGAAGGCAGCAGCUCGGAUGUGUGGCUCUUCGCCCUUACCACGAUUGCGAGCACCUAUAUGGUUACUUUGGAUGGCACCGGAGUAGUCCUCGGCCUUGACAACAAGGACACUUUUGCUCAGAGCAUUGCUGAAUACAGUCUUUCUUAA